GAUUGUACGAGCAGGCUUUUCUAUCAGGGCAGCUCACACGCUUCCAAAUCCCAGAUUAAAACCCCCCACCUUUCUUUCCAACCAGCAAUACUCCUACAAGUCCCAGCCCCCUCUCUCUUCUACCUUGUGUAACUGUACUGAGCGUGGAUUACUAAGCGUUGAGGCAAAGCGGGGGGCUCUGACAGGCUCCAACCAGAAUGGUGAGGUGGUUUCAUCCUAACAUCACCGGAAUCGAGGCAGAACACCUCCUUCUGACGCGGGGCGUCCACGGCAGCUUUCUAGCGAGACCCAGCAAAAGCAAUCCAGGAGAUUUCACUCUCUCCGUCAGGAGGAACGAUGAGGUCACCCACAUUAAAAUCCAGAACUCGGGGGACUAUUAUGACCUGUACGGUGGGGAGAAAUUUGCCACACUGGCUGAGCUGGUGCAGUACUACACCGAACAACACGAUUCCCUUCGGGAGAGAAACGGAGACGUCAUCGAGCUCAAAUACCCUUUAAACUGCAAGGACCCCACAUCUGAGAGGUGGUAUCACGGACAUUUGUCGGGCAAAGAUGCUGAAAAGCUCCUCCUGGAGAAAGGCAAGUCUGGCAGCUUCCUUGUGAGAGAGAGUCAGAGUAAACCAGGAGACUUUGUGCUUUCCGUCCUCACGAAUGAAGAAAAGCAUGAAAAUGUUGACCGCAAGACUAAAGUUACACACGUCAUGAUUCGCUUUCAGGAUGGGAAAUAUGAUGUAGGAGGCGGUGAAAGGUUUGACACUUUGGCAGAUUUAGUGGAGCAUUACAAGAAAAACCCCAUGGUGGAGAAGAGCGGAAUUGUUGUGCACCUUAAACAGCCAUUCAAUGCCACAAGGAUAAAUGCAGCUAACAUUGAAAACAGGGUGCGAGAAUUAAACAAAGUUGCCGACAAUUCAGAGAAACCCAAGCAAGGCUUCUGGGAAGAAUUUGAGGUUUUACAGCAGCAGGAAUGUAAACUACUUUAUCCCAGGAAAGAAGGACAGAGACCGGAAAAUAAGAACAAGAACAGAUACAAGAACAUUUUACCAUUUGACACCACAAGAGUACAAAUCAAGGAGGUGGAUCCUGAUGUGCUUGGCUCUGAUUACAUCAAUGCUAAUUACAUACGAAGCACGCCUGAAGAAGGCCGUCAUACGGAUGAAGGUAAAGUGUUUAUUGCCACACAGGGUUGCCUUCAGAACACUGUUUUAGACUUCUGGAAAAUGGUGUACCAGGAAAACACUCAUGUUAUCGUCAUGACGACCAAGGAGAUGGAGAGAGGACGGAAUAAGUGCGUCCGGUAUUGGCCGGAUUUAAAUUCAACGAGGGAGUUCGGGAAGUUGAGUGUAAAGAACAUUGAGGAACACACAGCUCAGGACUAUAUACGACGAGAACUGGAGGUCACACGUCUAGAUAGGAGGGAGCCUCCCAGGUGUAUCUGGCAUUAUCAGUACUUGAGCUGGCCUGAUCACGGUGUUCCCAAUGAACCCGGAGGGGUCCUGAGCUUCCUAGAGCAAGUAAACAGAACCCAGAGUGCCAUUCCAGAAAGUGGACCUAUAGUGGUUCACUGCAGUGCAGGGAUUGGAAGAACAGGCACGAUUAUUGUGAUUGACAUCCUUAUCAACAUCAUAAACAGGCAAGGCUUGGAUUGUGACAUUGACAUCCCAAAGACCAUUCAGAGAGUACGCCAGCAGAGAUCUGGUAUGGUUCAGACUGAAGCCCAGUACAAGUUUAUCUACAUGGCUGUGCAGCAGUACAUCGAUACGGCUCAGAAGAGACUUGAAGAAGAGCAGAGAAAUAAAACAAAAGAGAGAGAAUAUUCAAAUAUCAGGUAUCCACAGAUGACAAAUGCCAGAGCGAAGCCAAACAUGAGCUCAUCUCGCACUUCAUCUGUAAUGAACGAUGACUCUAGUGUGUACGAGAACUUAAACAUCAAAAACCCAAAGGGCUCUGCCAGCGCCAACACCAGGAGAUAAGCCACAUGUGCCGCUGAUUCAGAAUCUAUGGAAGUUCCAGAAGAGGUGCCAUAUACAAGCACCUGUCCUUGGAGCGACUCUGAAUAGACCGUCGGCUCCUAUCCCGAAGCUGCUCAUCUGGAGGCUGAAUUGAGAUCUCUACAGUUUUCUCUGCUUAUUUCUUACAUCCGCUCUCAGCCUGACUGUGACUGAGAUACUCACACUCCUAAACCAAGUGCCUAAAGCAGCCGAAACUGUUUCCCAGGAAGAGGACUUGUAAUUGGGUGCUUUCCCCCCUUUUAGUCGAAUGAGCCUCUAAACUGCACUAAGCUAUAUAAUUGUUUGUUUAUAUAUGUAUCGAAUACAUUAACACUUACUCAAUAUUUAUAUGAAAUAUAACUUUCAGCUGCGCUUUUCCCGUGCUCUGUACGGCUGUUUCCAGACUCUGCUUUGCUGGAUGUCCUCCGCUGUAACCAAAGACCUUUGAUUUUUCUCUCAGUAUCUUUACGGGCAACCGCCAUUAGCUCUUUGAUGAGUGAUGUUGGCAGCGCUGUGAUGUCAGAAGAGGAGAACUGUACUGUACAGUAUGUCAGGCCUCAUGAACCCCUCGCUUUUUGACAGGGGUAUGAGAGGUCGUGAACAUGGAGGAGCUCUGAGAGUUUGGUCAAUGUUUGAUCUGAUAUGCUAAGUAGGUGUUUUAAAUUUGGUACUUGGGUUUAUACAGUAUGUGCCAAUUAUAGCAUCCUGUACAUAAUGUUUUUUGCUUCAAUGCUGUUUUUUAGAGCAUCGCCUCCAGCAUCUUGAAAAGCUGGAGGGAGUCAAGUGCUACUGGUUUAUCCACCAACCUCUUCUCCAAUUCUGCUUAGGCUUUCUUGUUCUUUUUUGUUUGUUUGACUUUUUUUCCAACUAUGAUCCCUUUAGAAACUUGAUCUUUUGUUGUGAUGUUUGUGAAUGUGAUUAUGAACCACAUAUGCUGUUUGGCAAGUGGUUCUUUAAAUGACCGAAUUGCAGAAACGUAAAUACGUGACCACGUAAAUUUCUUAUAAACAGGGUCUAAGUGGCGUGGUCUUAUAACAUUCGAUAAGCCAUAGAGCUUUACAGUACGUCAAUUGCAUGCUAAUGUAAAUGAAGAAUGGAUUUUUACUAAACAUCUGCGAGGGGGGCGCGUCAGGAUGUCGGCCAAGCCGUUGACGUGUACAGGCUUCGGUGGAGACUUUAGCUAAAAUGAGCAGGCCAGAUGGCCCUCGGCUAAGAUUAAAGAAUAGAUUUGUGUAGGGAAAAGUAAUUUAAAAGAUGGCUCUAAUCCAGGCGUUGCUAUUGUUGGUUGAGUUUAGCGUUGCUGGUGAUGUCAUAACAUGCUAUAUGCGUGUUGGCCUAGAUAAAGGAGGGCACGAUGUGUCUGAUUAAUAACAGCGUUUGACUGUGAAAGUGGCAUUAGGGUUGGCCACAUGAAGAGCUUGGAUCUGUGUACUGUAUAAAAUUUGGAUUUUAUACAG